UACUCAAACCCGAUCGCCAAACUGUGCGGCCAUGAGUUCCCCCGGGAUAUCAGUUCAAGCGAUCGGUACCUGUUUUUACGGUUCGUGUCCGACGAGAGUAUCGAGUACUCGGGCUUUAGAGCCGUCUAUUCCUUCAAAAAGCUUCCCAAGUGUCGGUUCAACAAGACUGGUGUGAGUGGACUCAUUCACCACAAGGAAAUUCCGGCAGAAUUACAGAAUUACUCGAUAGCCCAAGAGAUCUCACUCGACUGCAUGUGGAAUAUCACAGUUUUACCUGGUUAUAAGAUGUAUUUAAACUUCAACGAGUACAGGCUAAACAACCCGAACAACUGUGAGGCCAAUUACAUCGAGGUGUUUCACGACAAGUUGAGCACAUCCGAGCGUGAGAUCCAAUUCUGCGGCACUCAGGCCGAGUCCGUGCGCUCAAAGACUAACGUAAUGCACAUCCGGUUCUUCGCCAAACACGACGCCUUACAGAACGUUAAUUUCGAGAUCACAUACACCGCCUUCAGAGAGCUCAGCAGUAGUAAAGUAAUAGUGGUGUAG